AUGAUAGACGAAGUUGAAGUAAAUGGGGCAACAGAGCACUCAAGUGAGCCUUCACAAAUUCUCUUAAAAUCAAGAUCCACUUCAAUAAAGUUUCAAUUAACAACAUUCAAUGAGACUCUGACUCCUGAAUAUUUAAGCAGUUUGUGUGAUUCCGAUAUUUCUGUUCGGCUGGAGCAUGUGGAGCGUCUGGCCAAUAAAUUUGAAAAUACUCAAUCUACUCUUGAGGAAUUGGACAUAUCCGAAUUUGAUGGAAUGGUCCGGUUUGAUUUCGAUAUGUUGUACUUGAAAGUUCGAUCAAAACUUCAACAUGAGCUUCAAGUCAGACGUACAUUCAAUCCAAGUUGCUCUACAACAAUACAUAAAUCGUCAGGUGAGAAUCAGCAAGACAUCAGGUCAAUGGCGAAUACAAUUAGGCUUCCAGAAUUACAAAUACCAAAGUUUGAUGGAAAUUAUACUGAGUGGCCUAGUUUUCAUGCCAUAUUUGAAAACUUAGUUCACAAUAACCAAGAACUAUCUGAAACAGAAAAACUACAACAUUUAUUUUCAAGCGUAAAGGGCGCAGCAUUUGACAUCAUUAGAUCGUUGAGUUUAAGUGAUGCAAACUAUGCUAAGGCUUUAGAAUUACUUAAAAAGAGAUUUGAUAAUAAACCUUUAAUUUUACAGGCACACGUCAAGGAAAUUUUGUGGGCAAGGGAUAUAUCGAAUGAAUCAUCGACAAAGUUAAGAGAGCUUAGUGAUCGAAUCAAUUUGCACAUGCGUGCUUUACAAACAUUGGGCACCAAAGAACAAAUCGCAGACAAUUUCUUGAUCCAAAUCAUCAGUGCCAAGCUCGAUUCUAAAUCAAAGGCUAAAUGGGAAGAAGAGUUGUCCGUCCAUGAUUUGCCAACGUGGGAAAUGAUGACUGACUUCUUAGAAAAAAGGUGUCGUGUAUUGGAGAAUAUGGACGGUGCUAUGGUCUCCCUAACACCUAGCCACCAGGUAGGAAAGAAAAUUACUAAAAAAUAUAGUUAUUUGGCAGCAAAUAUGGGUACUAUCUCUUGCGUAUUUUGCGACUCAAAGGAUCACUAUAUUACAAAGUGCACACUGUUUAUAAAUCUUUCCCCAACGCUUCGAUAUAAAGAAGCAAAGAAGUUGCUGUUAUGUUUAAAUUGUUUACGCAAGGGUCACGCAUUGAAUAAAUGCAAGUCUGGACAUUGUCGUCAUUGUGCUUCAAAGCAUCAUUCAUUGCUUCAUAUGCAAUCUGUAUCUCCAAUUAAUUCGAAAGGCGUUGCACCUGAAAUACAUAUAGCAAAUCGGUCGGAAGAGCCAUCAACUUCAAAAAAUACGUCGCUGCUCUCACUGUCCUCUGUAACGUCUAUUCCUAAAGCCCCAGAAUUUCUAUCUGAAAAUAGUGUGCUACUAGCUACUGCAAUCAUUCUCAUCAAAAAUUCCUCAGGAACUUUCGUUCCAUGUAGAGCAAUUCUCGAUUCUGCGUCUCAACUCAAUUUUAUAACUUCUCGUUUAGUCAACUUGCUGCAGCUAAAUACGAAAACAACAUACACAACCAUAUCAGGCAUAGGGGAUUCUACACUUGAAACAAACAAGGUUGUUGAGCUAUUUACAAAAUCGCACUCAGGCGAUUAUUCAACUUCAUGUACUGCGAUCGUUACAACAACUAUCACAGAUCCUCAACCAAACUUUAACGUAAACAUUUCAGAUUGGUCAAUUCCAAACAACAUCACCUUAGCUGAUCCGAUGUUUUUCAAAUCACAGAGAAUCGAUGUGUUACUAGGUGGCGGCUUAUUUUUUAACUUAUUGUGUAUUGGACAAAUUCGUCUGGAAAAUAAUUUUAUGUUACAGAAGACAAGGCUGGGUUGGAUAGCAUCAGGUGGCGGUAUUAUUCCAAAAUACAAUCACUCAUUUUCGUUAGCUAUAGCUAAGAAAUCAACCACUGAAUUGGAAUUUGAAAAUGAAAAAUCGUUAAAUGAAAUUGUAAAAAGGUUUUGGGAAAUAGAAAAUUGUUUUGACGCGCACUCUUCGCUAACAGACGAAGACGCAUAUUGCGAAACCCAUUUCAAACAAAAUUUUACUCGGUUAGAUUCUGGUAAAUAUUCUGUUUUACUUCCUAAGCAGCGUAAUAUCGACUCACUCGGAGAUUCUUAUAAUCAUGCACUUCAACGAUUUCACAGUUUAGAAAGAAAGUUGCAACGUAAUGCUGAUUUAAAAACUCAAUAUGUUGAUUUUAUUAAUGAGUAUAUAAAUUUAAAGCACAUGUCACCAGCACAAUUACCAUCAGGUGUUCCAACGUGUUUUUUACCUCAUCAUUGUGUGCUAAAAAAUGAAAGUACAACUACAAAAUUGCGUGUGGUUUUCGAUGGGUCAGCUAAAACAUCCACCGGAUUUUCUCUUAAUGAUCUGCUGAUGUCUGGACCUACAAUUCAAUCCACACUCUUUGAAUUAAUUAUUCGAUUCCGAUAUUUUAAAAUUGCUCUUUGUGGAGAUAUCUGUAAAAUGUAUCGAUGCGUGCGUGUUACACAUCCCGAUGAAUAUCUUCAGUGCAUUUUGUGGAGAAGUAAUCUCGAUGAUGACGUAAAGGUAUUCAAAUUGGACACUGUGACAUAUGGAACAAGGCCAGCUGCAUUUUUAGCUAUUCGAGCAAUGCAUCAGCUGGCUCGCGAUGAAGAGAAAUCAUACCCAUUGGGUUCUAAAAUCGUUCUCAGAGAUUUUUAUGUAGAUGAUUUAAUGUCAGGCGGCGACACCGUGGAUGAAGUAAUCAACAUUAGAAGGCAAACUACUGAAUUAUUAAAAAAGGGUGGUUUCCAGAUCAGAAAAUGGUGUUCCAAUAAUCCAAGAGUAUUGUGUGGUAUCGCUGAAUCCGAACGUGUACAAUUAUUGAAAUUUAAAGAUGGUUCUGAUAUUACUAAAGCAUUAGGUUUAGUAUGGGAUCCAAACCACGACAAUUUUUUAUUUUCAUUUACUCCAGUGGUGCUGACGUUUAUUACAGGUCAAAGUUAUGGUUCGAUUGCUGCUGCUGUGUCAAAAGCAAAGUCAACAGGACAAAUAACUUUCAGAGUUCAAACUGAAAUCGAUUUUCCUUUUAAUUCCAAUUUCAGUUAG